UGUAUUUUUGGCUAUUGCUACAAAUAUACCUGUGCUACUUAAGACUGGUUUUGUGGUCCAGGGUCACAUAUAUCCCACAACUUCGCUUCCAUUCACAUAAAACAUACUUGCUCAUAUAACUUUUUAAAACUCAUUUAAUGCAUUGCUUCCAACUAAUGGAUAGUCCACUGAAAAACUAAAUGCUAAAAACUGUUUGACUUUGUUUUUUCAGUAGAACAUAUUCAGAGAAAAUUCUCAGUGUAUUUGUUUACUUGUUUUUGUCCAUAGAGUAAAAGUUAAUGGGCUCCAGUGUUGUUUGCUUACCACAGUUCUUUAAAAUACCCAAUUCUGCGUUCCACAUAAUAGAGUUAUACAGGUUUGGAACAACAUGAUGGUGAGUAAACGAUGACAGAGUUUUCAUUUUUGGGUGAUAUGUCCCUUUAAGUAUCUAGCCUAUAUUUGCAUCUAGGCUACAUUUGUAUUUCUGACAAGUCCUAAAGUUCUUUUUCCAAUCAGUUCAGACUAAAAACAACAAACUAACAACCAUACAAACAAAUAACCCCCAUAAAAGACAACAUGGCUAUGCGAGAAAACAUGGAGGCAUCGCGCUCACCUCUUUAUAUCAUCUUGCACCUCUCUCAUCUGACACUCCCACUGAUGGGAGCACAAGCCACAGAUACACACCGAGCGGCGGAGGCGCGUACGGGUUCCGCCGGUAUUCCCCUGUUGGUAGAAUGAAAGCCAGCGCGUGCUGUUACCGCCAGGGGAUUGGAGCAAUGACUUGUCAGUAAAGUCACCCACCCUCUGAGUAUCUCAGACAGAGUUAGAAGUGUUUGAGACACAGAGCAAGGCGGCGAGGCACUGGCACAACUGAUUUAACCAGACCGGGACAGAACGACACUCAAGUCCGAGGGAGAUGGAGGAGGAGAUGCUACCGGCGGACGAAGGUCUCUCUGCGCCCAAAAUCUGCAGGCAGCAGCAGCAGCGGAGUCCGUACAGCUCCCUCAAGACCUUCCCCAGCAAACGCGCGGCGGGCAAGGCGAGAUAUGACAGACCCACAAUGGUGGACAUCCCGCAGCUCGGAGACCAUCCUCAUCAUCUCAGUCAUCAUCAGCAACAGCAGCAGCAGUAUUCACAGCGUGUGCCGCUUCCGCAAGCGUCCCUCGCCAUCAGCAGCAGUCAGCAGCACCGGCUCCCCUGCGAAAUCAGGCCCAGCAGCAGAGUCGCGACAUCCAGCGCGGCAUCAGCGGGGAGCGCCACGGCGGCAGCAGCAGCAGCGGCGGCGGCGGCAUCAUUUGGCAGCCAGAGGAGGGUCGCCGGCCAGGAGCCCGGCAGAUACCCGGCGGGUCGCGCCGAGCUCAGCCACCAGUCUCCAGACUGCACCUAUGGAAUCAGCUCAGAAAACCGUCUCAUAUUGGAUGCUUUUGCCCAGCAGUGUAGUCGCGUCCUCAGCCUCCUCAACAGCAACGGACGGCUUCUUGAUCCCCAGCCUUCCCUCGUCCCUCCAUCCUCUUCCAUCUCCGCUCUCAUAAAACAGGAGGACAGCUGCUUGUCUCCAGGAGAGAGGCUCGGUUCUAAGCCCAGGUCGGAGGACUCGUCCCUGGAGAACACAGCUGAGGAGACCCAACGGGGCAACCACUGGAACCAGCAGCAGACUUCCGCUUUCCUCCGGAUUUUCACAGAGUCGCUUCAGAACUACCUGCUCUCUGGACCUCAGUCAUCAGACAGUGAACGGUGCCGCCCGGUAGAGCCUGAACCGGCAGCAUCAGGGUCCCCGAGGCAGAACUUAGGCGGCUGGGCUUCACCAGCACCUUCUGAGUCAUACGGACAUCCCUCGUCCACACUGCCAGAGGAAGAUGAGGAGGAAGGCUGUUGUCCACGAUGUAUGGAGCUGGAACAGGAGGUUCUUAGUCUACAGCAGGAAAACGAGGAACUGAGACACAAACUGGACAACAUACCAGCUCCUUGCCAGAAUGUCCUGGACUUUUUUAAGACUGUUCUCCAGCACUACAACCAGUUUGUGCAGCCCCAGCCUGAAGAGCAACUUACCGAGGGCAGCAAACAGCUUCUGGGGAACUAUCCUCUCUUCAUCACCAAUAAGCAGUGGGACGAGGCGGUCAACUCCUCAAAAAAAGAUGGCCGGCGGCUCCUGCGUUACCUUAUCCGGUUCGUGUUCACCACAGAUGAGCUGAAAUACUCGUGCGGUCUGGGGAAAAGGAAACGUUCGGUACACACAGGGGAACCGGGGCCGGAGAGAAGACCUCUCAACCCCGUCAAGGUUACAUGUCUCAGAGAGUUUAUCCGGAUGCACUGUGCUUCUAAUCCUGACUGGUGGAUGCCCUCCGAGGAGCAGAUAAACAAAGUCUUCAGCGAUGCAGUAGGGCACGCGCGGCAGGGCCGGGCCGUAGGCACAUUCCUGGGCAACGGGUGCAGCGGUAGCAGCAGCAGUGGUAGUUUAUACAUGGAGAGCUAUGACGGGCAGCUCUCUCAGGAUGAGCUCUAUCUGAAGGGCUCGCAGAAUGGUUUGGGGGACUAAAUCAUGGAGUGAGCCCUCCGGAUCGGCUCAUCGCAGCACUUACAUGAUGUUAACGUGGUUUGUGUAUGAAUAUAAUCCUUAUUCCUUCCUGUCAAAACAUUCCAGGGCGCUCACACCUACCCACUAAAUGAUGUGGGAUUCUUCCAUGCUUGAUUGUUCAAACAAUUAGUAGUCACUAGGCAGCAGAGUCGGUUGAUUUCUACACAAAAUCAGGUUUUUUAUGUGCUCCAUUUCCAUUGUUUCAUCGAAUGUGAUUAAAGGAGAAGUCCACUUCCAGAACAAAGAUUUACAGAUAAUGUACUCACCUCCUUGCCAUCCAAGAUGUUCAUGUCCUUCCGUCUUCAGUCGUAAAGAAAUUGUUUUUUGAGGAAAACAUUUCAGCAUUUUUCUUCAUAUAGUGGACUUCUAUGGUGCCCUGAGUUUGAACGUACAAAAAGCAGUUUAAAUAUGGCUUCAAACGAUCUCAAAUGUGGUUGUAAACGAUCCCAGCCGAGAAAGAAGGGUCUUAUCUAGCGAAACGAAAGGUUAUUUUCAUAAAAAAUAAUACAAUUUGUAUGCUUUUUAAUGUCAAACGCUCGUCUUGUCUUACUCUGCCUGGACUGUUUUGUUCUGGUUCAUGAGAACCAGAAUGUUGAAAAACUCCCAUCUCAUGUUCUCCCUUAACUUCAAAAUCGUCCUAUAUCGCUGUUUUACCUUUUUUGUUAAGAGUGUUUGAUCAUCUUUGCAUGUUCACUUUGUAAACACUGGGUUGGUGCUUCUGCAGCGAUGUAGGAUGAUUUUGAAAUUAUUUUUGAAGUUGAGGGAGAAAAUACAGUUGGAGUUUCUCGACAUACUGUCUUGAGCUAGAAUACACAGAGUUCAGGGAAAGAAAGGCAAGACGAGCAUUUGAGAUUAAAAAGUAUUUCAAUAAUAUUUUUUUUCGCUAGAUAAGACCCUUCUUCCUCGGCUGGGAUCGUUUACAACUGCGUUUUGGAAGUUCAAACUCGGGACACCAUAACAGUCUAUUCUAUGGAGAAGAAAGAAAGACAUGAACAUCUUGAAAGCCAAGGGGGUGAGUACAUCACCUGUAAAUUUUUGUUCUGGAAGUGGACUUCUCCUUUAAGAAUGUGAUCCACUAUAGCAACAUGAAUGUAUGCAUUUUACUCCAUUGUAAAUAAUGAGAGCUUCCUUUCUCGUGUCAGAUACAGAAACAGACAGCCUGCAAAUGAGGUGCUAAUAUGAUUUUCUGUUAUUAUGGUUCAAUUUUAAAAAGUGCUGCCCUCUAUUUUAUCAUAUGAUGUUGAAUAAUCGGUGACGUUUAUAAAAACUGUGAUGUUGCGAAAUCAGUUUCAUAGUGGCUGCGGGACGAAAUGACUGAACUCUGCGAUGUGUCUGUGACUGUGGAGAUACAGUAAGUAUGUAACAUAAUGUGUUGGGUGGCUUUCUAAUCUUUCCUCUGAUCCAAUAAGGAGGCAAUGUUGUUCGUAAUUUGUGUUGCUGCUUCUUAGUUCGUCAAGCACCAAAAAGGAUCAACCCGACUUAUUCUACCACAUUCUAAUAUUCAUUGUGACUGCAUAAGACUAAAUGAAAUGCCUUAAAAAGAGACAUCAUCUACCACUAAGAACUUCAAUACUGCCAAUUCAGACUGUUGUUAUCUCAUGGUUUUCCUGUUGCAUUAGUGGCCUCUGGCUGUUUGGGUUUUCAAACAAAAGAAAAAUGUGUUUGAAAAUGGACCAUCUUUCUUUAAUGCCUUAGACAAAGUCUCUGUGAAAUGUUUAUACAUCCAGGUCAUUGUGUUAUGUCUGGUAGAAUUCAGUCAAAUUUUGAAUUCAUUCUCCACGGCGCUUCAUUUGACGUCUGAUGGUGGGAAAUCCCUAACAUUUGAACCUGUUCACACAGCAUAAAAACUUGUGAUUAUUAAGGGAGUUUCAUAUCUGAAGAUCUGUGGUCUCAUUCAUCUGUUACUCUUUCGCCUAAGUUCAGGUUUAAAUGUCAGCGACUCUCAAACACCAAACGGCUGAUGAAGUUGUGUCAGUGGUAUAAAGACUUCAAAAUAAGUUAGCAAGUUGCUGUUGCCUUUGACUACCAGACAUACAAAAGAAUCUGUUGUUGUGAUAUGUAGCCUGUUGUGAUUGUACAAAUCCAUGGUGAUUGGAAAUUGUUAGUCCUCUAGUCUGUUCAAAGAACGUGUCAACACUGUGAACCCCACCUAAAGUGAUGAGACUGUUUUUCUCUUUACUUACUUUUUUUUUUUUUUUCAAACAGAA